CGCCUUGGAACGCGGAGCUUGGCAACGCGGGGGCGGGCGGAGACCCGGCCCGGGAGCGGUGGCUUAGUCAUGGGCCGCGAAGCCCCCGCCUCCCGCAGGUCCUGGAGGCCGCGGCGUCGCGGGGAGCCAGGCUCGGGCCGGCGGCGGUUGCGCCGAGGGAGCCCGGCGGGCACAGCGCCAUGAGGGCGGACUCAGGGCUUCGGGUGGAGGAGGACCACCCGCGUCCUCCACGAGCCCUUCCACCUGUGCCAAGUGCUAAUCAAGAUGAUAUUCCACUUAGUCGUCCUAAGAAAAAGAAGCCCAGAACAAAAACCACGCUAGCUAGUGCUUCUUUGGAAGGUCUUGUUCAGACUGCUGUUCACAGGCCACCUGAGGGCAGUGAGCCACCAACUAAAGACCCCAUAGAACAUCAAGAAGCUCCUGUUCAAAGGAGACAGAAGAAGACGAAGCUACCUCUUGAAUUGGAGACUGCCUUUACCCAGAAGAAGACGUCUAGUCCAUCUUUAUCACCAGAUGAAAAUGGUAUCAAUGUGGAGGCAGCUGAGGAGCCAGCCAUUCAAAAACCUCGAAGGAAGACAAAGAAAACCCAGCCAGCAGAAUUACAUUAUGCCAAUGAGCUAGGAGUUGAAGAUGAAGACAUAAUUACUGAUGAGCAAAGUAGUCCAGAACAACAGUCUGUAUUGACUGCACCCACUAGUAUUAGCCAGCCUGUAGAGAAAGUGUUUGUGGAAAAAAGCCGGCGAUUCCAGGCUGCUGAUCGCUCAGAGUUGAUAAAGACCACAGAAAAGAUGGAUGUGUCGAUGGACAUGAAGCCUUCCUGGACCACCAGAGAUGUUGCACUGUCAGUGAACCGGGCUUUCAGGAUGAUUGGUCUCUUUUCUCAUGGCUUCUUGGCUGGCUGUGCUGUGUGGAAUAUUGUUGUGAUAUAUGUUUUAGCAGGAGAUGAGUUUUCUAACCUCUCAAACCUUCUGCAACAAUACAAGACGUUAGCAUAUCCAUUCCAGAGUCUUCUCUACUUGCUUUUGGCUCUAAGUACAGUUUCAGCUUUUGACAGGAUUGACUUUGCUAAAACAUCAGUAGCAAUCCGAAAUUUUCUUGCCCUGGAUCCAACAGCUUUAGCAUCUUUCUUGUACUUUACUGCUCUUAUAUUAUCUCUGAGUCAACAAAUGACAAGUGACAGAAUCCACCUUUACACACCUUCUUCUGUUAAUGGUAGCCUCUGGGCAGAAGGAGUUGAGGAACAGGUUCUCCAGCCAUGGAUUGUGGUGAAUCUGGUGGUGGCCCUUCUGGUUGGAUUAUCUUGGCUUUUUUUGUCUUAUAGGCCAGGCAUGGAUCUUAGUGAAGAGUUGAUGUUCUCCUCUGAUGUGGAAGAAUAUCCUGAUAAAGAUAAAGGAAUCAAAGCCUCUUCAUAGUGCCGACUCACCUUCAGAGUAAUUACCUAGUAUUUAGAAUUUUUCCCAUUCUUGUUUUUAAAUGUAUUUUUGUAAGAUAUUUGCAGAUGUAUUUGGAAUUGAUUUUUCGAUUAUAUAAUACUGAAGAAUUUCUCAGGAUUAUGGAAAAUGUUAAAAUGGUAUCUGUGAUUUAUACCCAAACAUUAAUUUCUAUAGCAUUAUUGUCUCUAUGACAAAGGAGAUGCUGAGGUAGAAACCAGCAGGUGAAAGUGUUUACUUCCUGUUUUCUCAAAUUAGUUGCAUUUAUAAUCAUUAUCUUUAAAAGUACUGUAUACAGUGCUUUUAAAAAAGCCAUUACUUUAGUGUUACAAAAUCUAUAUCAGGUUUAAACAUAAAUUUAGGGAAUAGGGAAGAAGGGGGGAAAAAGGACCUUCAUUAUUUAUUUUUCAUGUCUCCUUACUGAAUAAAUUGAAAUAUGAAAUUUGUUUUUUUUUAAACUGGUUCCGUGGUUGUGUAUCAUGUAAUAAGUAUAAAAAUGUAAUGUAAUUUAGCUUGAAAGAUGCUAUAUUUCAUGGCUAAUAAAAAG